AUGCCCAGUGAGGUAGAAAACAUCUGCUGCAAGGAAAUUCAAAAGGUUGUGAAAAGAAUGAAACAAGUCCCAGACCCUCUAACAUGUAUUAUUCAGCAUCCCGGCUUCGAAGUGAACUGUCUGAAUCCUUACACCUUACAAAACAUUUAUAACAUCUACCGAGCAGACUAUGGGCCUGUAAGGCGCAGAACUGAGGAAGAGCGAUACCGGUAUCUGGCCUAUCGCAGCUUUGUCAGCUGGUGCUGGGGGUACUUAGGACGGAAUGUUAGGGUUGUCAUCCCGUCCUGUGUUGUUCACCGGAUCCGCCAGGAGUAUCCUGAUCCAACUGGACAGUUUGUGGGGUUUCGGCCACCCCUUGACUAA